AUGGCAAAAAUAUCUCGUCGAGAAGAAACAUUUUCUAAUGAUAAUUGGAAAGAAAAUUUACCAAGUAUUGAAAGUUUCGUUCGUGCCGGAUUCUUUUGUGCUGGUAUUGAUAAUUCAGUAACAUGUUUUUAUUGUAAUGGUUCAUUACAUAAAUGGGGUCCAAAUGAUAAUCCUAUGAUUGAACAUGCUCGAUGGUUUCCUCAUUGUACUUAUGCUAAACAUUUAUGUGGAAAUCAAUUAUAUCAAAGAAUUCAAACAUUAAAAAAAAAACUAAUUUUAGCAGAAAAUAAAAUAAAUAAAGAUCAACUUACUCGUUUAGUUAAAUCAAGACUUGAUUUACCUAUAGUUGAACAUCUUCGUUCUCAAUAUUCAUUAGCAAUAAUUAAGCGUUGUAUUGAAGAUCAAUUUAAAAUCAAAAAUGAUGAUUUUCAAACAGAUAUUGAUUUAACAAUGGCUUGUUCGAUUCUUCAAAAACAAAUUGAUAUUAUUCAAGGUUCUUCAGAUAAUUUAAUAAUUCCAUCAGAAUAUCAACAAUUGUUCGAUAGUUCAUCUCAAUCAUUGAAACAAUCAUUAGGUGAAUGUUUUAUAUGUCUUACUGAAGAAAAACAAUUAGCAUGUAUGCCUUGUGGACAUUUAUGUGCUUGUGUUCCAUGUGGAUAUGCACUUAGUUCAUGUCCAAUUUGUAGACAAAAGAUUCAAUGUUUUAUGAGAAUUAGUUCUUAA